UGCUAAGUCCUUCUUCAAGAUGGCGACAUCAAUCUUCGCAUGUCCCUUUUACUUUGGCUUGGUCACCUUCUUCGCUUUGGCCACGGUUCUUUUAAAGUGGCUGCACUCUGUCCAACCUAAGCCUUACAUGGAUGAGAUAUUCCACAUACCCCAAGCACAGCACUAUUGUGAUGGCAACUUCUCGCAUUGGGAUCCAAUGAUAACGACCCUACCUGGUCUCUACCUCUCAUCAAGUCUUCCCCUCUCCAUACCAGGUCGACUGCUGUUCAACAAGGGGGACAUGUUCUGUACCCCUUACAUACUACGAUGUACUAACCUCUUUUUCUCUACAGGAAAUGUGGCCCUUAUCUUUCUGCUGCUUAACAGGAUGCACCCAAAAAUGAGUUCCAGUUACACAUUUUUGGUGGCAUCGACAUUGGGCAGCUUCCCAAUGCUCUAUUUCUUCACGUUUCUCUACUACACUGAUGCUGGUUCGACUUUCUUCACACUUCUCAUGUACCUCCUUCAUCUCCAUCACCAAACUAUACCUGCUGCCCUCAUCGGUGUCAUAGCUAUCCUCUUCCGCCAGACGAACAUCAUCUGGGUUGUGUUUAUGGUCGGUGUCUCUGCCCAGCACACUCUCCUUCAGUGGAUGGCUGUGCAAAAGAAGAACUUGAAAACUCAGCGGAAACACGACUGGUUGCUGCUACAUACUUUCUUCAAUUUAUUCUCUGUGAAUCUUCAGCGGAAUCCAUGGGUUAUUGUAGAGCUUGUGCUCUCCAUCCUGAUGAAAACUUGGUGUUAUAUAAUUGUUACUCUUCUUUUCCUUCUGUUUGUCUACAUCAACAACGGCAUUGUUGUUGGUGACAGAAGUCACCAUGAAGUCACAUUCAACUUCCCUCAAAUUUAUUACUUUCUGUCGACUGUCUUAUUUUUUGCGAGCCCACAUUUGAUAUCAUUUCAAAAAAUCUACAACUGGCUCUCACAAUCUAUUCAGAAACCCAUCAGCUUCAUCACUUUCUCUGUCAUAUCUGCAUUGUUAAUCGCUAAAUUUACAUACGUACACGAGUACCUCCUAGCUGACAAUCGGCACUAUACAUUCUAUGUAUGGUCCAAAAUCUUUAAAAGACAUUACCUAGUACGAUUCUUACUAAUUCCCAUUUAUUGGUACACUAUAUGCCAAGUUUACUUAGACUUAAAAAAGAAAAAUAUCUUUUGGAAAAUAGCUUUUGCUAUUUGCAUCACUGUCUCUUUGGUUCCACAGAAACUCUUGGAGUUUCGCUAUUUCAUAAUUCCUUAUUUAUUGCUUCGGUUAAACAUGCCGCUGCCCACACCCCUGAGUAAGAUGCUGUUGGAAUUUACCGUCAGCACUUUUGUAAAUGCAAUCACUAUUUAUCUAUUUGUCUACAAGACAUUCACAUGGCCUGGAGUAAAAGAUGCACAACGUUUCAUGUGGUAGAUACUGAUGUAUUUAAAACUUGAAUAAAACAAAUACUGUCUGCUCCAUAUAUAUAUAUAUAUAUAUAU